AUGUCCCAUGAACUAAAAGUAAAAGGCUCGCUGGACGUGUUCAAGUGGUGGCUAUUCAUGACGACGGAUAUCAUUGGGGAAAUGAGCUUUGGUGAAUCCUUUCGUAUGUUGGAGAAAGGAGAGAAAACUCAGUAUAGCAUUGAUCUGGAGCAACUGAGCACAAUAUCACCUAUGCGGACAACAUUCCCGUUCUUGAUGAAAGCUGGCGCCAUGCUUCCUCUGCCUAUUUUUACUAAAAUGGUACAAGCAAGCUAUAGAUUGAAUGAUUAUGCACGACAGUCCGUCGCACGCCAUAAAGCCUUCAUUGCUAAGGAUCCGUUAAAUGCCAAGCACACCUUAUUCACCAAAGUUAUCGAUGCAGGCGACAAGGGUGGCCUAUCAGAACAGGAAAUCUGCAACGAGGCUCGCGGAUUUAUCGGGGCCGGCAGCGACACAACCGCCGUAACCUUGACAUACCUCGUGUAUGCAGUUUGCAGAGACCGUCGUAUCCGCGAUAAGCUUGUUUCCGAGCUGAUGGAGCAGCUUCCGGAGACUUUCACUGAUCGAGACACCCGCAGCUUACCCUAG